AUGUCGGAACAGCUGGCAGAUCAGCUGAGAAGCACGCAGCUCAGCGAAGGAGCUCAGAACGACGACUGGAAGCGGAGCCUCAAACUUCCCGCAAAGGACAACCGGCAUCAAACAGAAGAUGUUACCAAAACAAAAGGCCUCGAGUUCGAAAACUUUGCGCUCAAGCGAGACUUGCUCAUGGGCAUCUUCGAAGCCGGUUUCGAGAAGCCAUCGCCCAUCCAAGAAGAGGCCAUCCCCGUCGCCUUGACUGGCCGCGACAUCCUGGCAAGAGCAAAGAACGGCACCGGCAAGACUGCCGCCUUCGUCAUCCCCAUCCUCGAGCGCAUUAACCCCAAGGUUUCCAAGAUUCAAUGCCUCAUCCUCGUCCCCACGCGCGAGCUCGCCAUGCAGACGUCACAAGUCUGCAAGACUCUGGGCAAGCACCUCGGCGUCAACAUCAUGGUCACCACAGGCGGCACUGGCCUGCGCGACGACAUCAUGCGGCUCCAGGAGCCCGUCCACAUUGUCGUCGGAACCCCCGGCAGAAUCCUCGACCUGGCAGGCAAGAACGUCGCCGACCUGAGCGAGUGCCCCAUGUUUAUCAUGGACGAAGCUGACAAGCUUCUGUCCGUCGAAUUCACCCCCGUCAUCGAGCAGCUGCUGCAGUUCCAUCCCAAGGACCGCCAGGUGAUGCUCUUCUCCGCCACCUUCCCCGUCUCCGUAAAAGACUUCUCCGACCGCAACAUGACAAGCCCCUACGAAAUCAACCUCAUGGAUGAGCUCACCCUGCGGGGCAUCACGCAAUACUACGCCUUUGUCGAGGAAAAGCAAAAGGUCCACUGCCUCAACACCCUCUUCUCCAAGCUCCAGAUCAACCAAUCCAUCAUCUUCUGCAACUCGACCAACCGCGUCGAGCUGCUCGCCAAGAAAAUCACCGAGCUGGGCUACUCGUGCUUCUACAGCCACGCCCGCAUGGCCCAGCAGGCCCGCAACCGCGUCUUCCACGACUUCCGCAACGGUGUGUGCCGAAACCUCGUCUGCUCUGAUCUCCUUACCCGCGGCAUUGACAUCCAGGCCGUCAAUGUCGUCAUCAACUUUGACUUUCCCAAGAACGCCGAAACCUACCUCCACCGAAUUGGCCGGUCCGGACGCUACGGCCACCUUGGUCUCGCCAUCAACCUCAUCAACUGGGACGACCGCUUCAAUCUCUACAACAUUGAGCGGGAUCUCGGAACCGAAAUCCAGCCCAUCCCCCCAAGCAUCGACAAGAGCCUCUAUGUCUAUGAAAAUCCCGACUCCAUCCCCCGCCCCAUCUCCAGUCUCCCCAAGAAUGCGCAGCCGGGCACCCAAGCCAUGCCUCAACAGGCCCUCCACCAAGGCCAGCCUCAGAGCAACUGGCAAAGCCAGAACGGCCAGCAUAACGGCUACCCCAGCGGACGUGGACGGGGCCGAGGCCGCGGCGGCUUCCGCGGUCGUGGCGGCGGCGGUCGUGGCCGAGGCCCGCCCCGCGAUCCGCAGUCCUAA